AGGAAAGAGUAAGGAAAACGCUGGGAGUGCAGCAGACUGAAGGAAGGAAGAGGAAUGAGGCUGGAAAAAACAAGCCUGCGCGCCACAUACACACACACACACACACACACACACUCACACAGAGCGUCAGGCGGAGGGAGCGUGAGCAGAAACCAGAGCUGCUGAAACAGCAGGCGUCUACUGGAGCUGCCUGACAGUCCAGAACCAGGGUUUACUGACGCUUUGUCUCGGCUCCGAUCCUUCGCCUGCUGAGAAGAUCACGGUUCGUCUUCAGGAGAGCAUCUUCCACAGAACUGAGACCUGCUGCUGCUGCCAGCAGCGACACACUGGACCUGGAGACGACCGCAUCUGUCACAGUCGGAGGAUGUUUAUCUCCCUGGACGUCAGAGCUUCAGCGUCCGCUCACAGAAAGGUUCAUGAUUUCUAUCUUCAUCAGCUGAUGAAAGCUGAUUACCAUUUUUAAAUCUAAACUCCUGGAGGUUUUCAUCAUCAAGAGACGUUGAGUGAUCUGGACGACCCCGGUGACCCGGGGACCUGCUGACAGGCCCUCGGUAUAUUCCAGGAACUGCCCGGGGUCAAAUCCUGCUUUGGGACUCAAUCAUCACCUCGAGGAGGAGGAGGCGGUUUCACCACAUUCAAGUUGAAUUAUCUUAGUUGCUUCAGGUGAGUUGAGAAGCAUCAUCUUUUAAACACCCUCCGUGGGACUGCGAGGAGCUCAGAGUCGGAUUAAUCCUGGUUUUGGAGUUUUUCAUUGUCAUUUCAAAGGAAAAGCAGAAAAGGGAGGAUCAGAGGAAGAAGUUUGGAUUUCAGGAUCCGAGCGACUCGUGAGGCGAGAGGUGGUUACUCUGCAGGACAGUGGAUCGAUGUUUCUUCUCUCUUCACACCUGAAGUCAGACUGUUGGAGCCUCUGCGGCGUCUUUCUGCUCCAUAACGGAGCCGGUGAGUGAAACCAACCAGCCGCUGCUUCGCUCCUGGAGGGUCGUGGUCAGAGGCGCUGACGUGACGUCACAGUCCUGGUCAACAACCUGCUGGAGCUUGGAAUUGUUGAAGCCUGAUUUGACUUUUGCUCAUUCUCGUUUUAAAAAAUGAAAAUGGGUUUUCUACUCAGGAACCAGAGAAACAGUCUGAGCCACACGACCACAACCGGCGUCUGUGUGUCCCAGAGCGUAGUUCUUUCUUUUCCCCUCAGUUCGUGGUUUCACCACAGCCGCAUCAGGAAGUGGUAAUAAUGGCUAAAUAAUGAGGUCGGCAGAGUUUUUAAAUGCCUCAGUGAAAGUUUCUGACAGAAACCAGACACCCGACGAUCUGAGGCCUGAGGACCAAGGUGCUUUCCCUUCACAUUAAUAAAACCAGACGAGUCGUUUCUUUUUAAAGUCUACAGGCUUAAACCCUGGACUGAGCCCGCGGGAGGAAGAUAAUGAUCUUUCUCCACAGGAACGCGAGGACGAGGCGACAGCGGCGUCUCCUGCUCCUCUCACGAGCUGAUGGUUUCAUUCCUUUGAUCUUCGUCGCUCGCCAGGGACGUCUUCUUCCUCGGCUUCCUUCCAGAUCGGAGCAGUAAAAAAAGUAUUUUUCUAUUUCUUGACAUCAAGGAAACUUUUAUGCCUCCAUUUUUCCUCUGAGGUGAUCGUUAGGAAACUGCAGCUCCGUUCCUGGAGGACGUCUCAGUCUUUGGGAUUUUUCCAGCGGGAAGUCGUUUCUUUCGAAGGUUCUCUCGGGAACUUCCCUUGGAGCUUGACAGUGAAGCCACGAGGUCGAUCUGCAGGGACAAACAUCCUCACAGGAAAUACGUGUGUGUGAAGUCUGGGCGGUUGCUCCUCCGUUAUUUCCUGUUGCUCGACACUCGUUGACUCGAUGUGAGGAAGUUGCACCAACCGGUCGAUGAGCGAGGACACGUCAGGUCGGAGCAGGCGACUGUCAGGGUCUGGAACGUGUUGCAGUCGGCCCUCUUCUCCUUCUUCUUCUUCCUCUUCUUCUGUCUUAGAGGACAGAUCACCCGGUCUUACGGAUGUUCCUCGUGACUCAAGACACAUUUUUGAUCUUGGGUUUCCACCUUCACUUGCUGCAGAGGAUCAUGGGAGAUACGCGGCUGAUGGAGUUAAUUAUCUUUUAAAAACAAAUUCACUCAAACACAGAGGACGAUGAGAUGAACAGUUUCCAUGUAAUAUGAGCUCAGGAACAUUCAUUCUCCUUCCAAUGUCUCUUACAUUAUCAAACUGAAACUUGUUGCUCAACUGGGAGUUUCAGAUUCUGCAGCUGCUUCUGUCUCUAGUCGGAUCACUUGUUGUUGGAGGAGGGUUAUGACCGCAGCCGCCAUGCUCCCUGGAGGGCUGGUCUCCGGCGGAGGGGGUCGCGGCGGCCGGCUGUGCCUGCUCAGGUGGCUGGGCCUCCGGCUGUGGUCCCGUCGAGGGACCCUGGUGUUCGCUCUGCUCUGGUUCGGCUCCUGGUUGUUCCUGAACGGCCUGGUUCUGGUCCACAGGAGCAUCAUGUCCGACUACUGCACCGACGACAAGAGCAAGAGGAUCCUGCAGCGACUGUGUCUGGAGUUCGGCGAGGGCUCGGUGACGGGCGACAUGUGCGAGGAUCUGUGCGUGCUCGGCCUGGUCGAGUACAAGCGCUGCCUCUACUACGAGAACGGGAAGAAGGUGAUCGAGGCGCGCUGGAGGGGAAACCCCAUCAUCCUCAAGUCCAAGCUGGAGAACUUCUCCUCCUACGAGCCGCUGGGGAUCCUGGACUACCAGGACACGGCCGAGGAGCUCUCCCCACUCGAUGUGGUUUUCUACGCCACUCUGGAAGUCAGAAACUCCCUGGGGCUGGCUGACGAGGACGAGGAUGAAGACGGAGGAGGAGGAAACAGCUCCCUGGCCAGACUUUGGGGGAAGAAGCUGAAAAACCAAGAGAAGAGUUACUCCAGAGCCGAGCUGGCCUCGCUCUGGGCCCUGCUGCAGCAGGAGGAGUACACCUUCCUCAGAGUCCUGCAGGACCUCAGCACCCACGUGGCCAAGGUGUCGGGCUCCUGCGGUCACUUCUACGCUGUGGAGUACCUGUCGGCGGGACACGCCUGGGACCAGAACAUCUUUUCCCUGGAGGACGCGGUCGUCUCUGGGCUGCAGGGCCGGGACCGAGCCGGGGCCCGGGGGCGCUGGACCGCCAGGGAGAUGGUGCACCGCAUCGCGCUGAGCUUCCUGGACAUGGUUCUGCACUUUGACAACGACUUCACCCACAAGCUGCACCUGUGCGACAUCAAGCCGGAGAACUUUGCGAUCAGGAAGGACCUGACGGUGGUGGCGAUCGACGUGGACAUGGCGUUCUUCGAGCCCAAGAUGAGGGACAUCCUGGACCAGAACUGCAGCAGCGACGACGACUGCAACUUCUUCGACUGCUCGUCCAGGUGCGACCUGAGCAGACGCAGGUGCAUCCCCCGCCGCCGCAACAGCAACCUGCAGGUGAUUUGUGAGAAGAUUUUCCGGCCGUGGUUUUCUCCGACUCUGCUCGGGGCCAAGGCAGGACUCCCUCUGCAGGUGGAGCUGCAGCGAGCGGUGCAGGAGUGUUCGGAAACAGUGGUGGGGGAGAAAGAAGAGGACGCAGCAGGAAGAGGAGGCGGUGGCAGAGACGUCCAUCAGCGUCUUCUCAACAUCCUGACCCGCCUCGUCCAUGAGGGAGGGGCUUCGGUUGAAGGGGGCGGGGCGUGGGAGGAGAACGUCCACGUCCACACUGCGUUAAACUUCUGACUGAGGAGGUGAAAGGACGAAGGAACCCGCAGAGGGAGAAACCUGCUGGGAUCAGUUCUCCACAGGAGCAGCACUGAGUCCUGGAAUCCAUAGAAGCUUCCAGAGAAAAGAAACGAGACGUAAUCAUCCGGUUCUGGAUCGGUCCAGGUCCAGAGUCGUCGUCUGAGCCGCCAGGAGAGAGCGUGAUAGAGGCUCCUGACAAAUAGGGACCUUUCCUGAAAGACACUCAGGAUCAUUUCCAUAUGCAGAUAUAAACUAGAAAUCGAUAAACCAUAUGGCCAAAAGUAUGUGGACAGGCCGGUCCUCGUGUGAUAUUGUGUUUUCACUCCUGAUUUUGGCGCCUUGGGCCGGUGAUAUUGUCGCUUGCAUCGCGCCCGCUUCGCAGAUCCUGCGUCUUUUUCGUGCGUCGUUGUUUCACGUCCUCAGAAACUAAAGCUACACAUCUGCAUGAUGUGAUACCAACAUGAAGAGUAGGGGGCAGCGUAGGGACCGAACCGCAACAUUGUCAUGCCGUCGUUGAUUUAAGCAGUAACCACAGACUAACCUCCGACAGGAGCUGCGUCGUGAGGCCACAAGAGAUCUCAACGUGAUUGGUUGAAUUAGUUUAAUAGGAGCAUUAUCGGCACCUUUUUCCGUUUUCCUCCGACAGAGCCAGAGAUUAACAAUGACACUCACGACGCAUCUCGUCGUGAGCGUGAACACGUGGUCGAAAAGCGAGUUCAUCUCUGGCCUUAGGUCCAAUGAGAAGGAACAACCAGUGUAGUGCGGAGGAACUGUGAUCAGAUCCAAUCAACCUUCAGACCAUCGGAGGUCCGGACCCGAUCCACUGGCAGAUUGGAGGAACUAGGUGUCCACAUACUUUUGGACAUAUGCAAGGGUAUAUAUAUUAAAAAAAGACUUAGAAUUCCAGAAUCCAGGAGGGAAACACAAGGAGCCCGUCAGGACUGGAUGACUGGACCAGAUGAGACACUUCUCAUCAGAGGAUAAUUUCUGUAUGGAUCCAGUGAACAUGGAUCCAUCCUACACUAAAGUCUCAAUGAGAUUCAUAAAAACCUUCUCUGGUUUGAAGAGAGAUUGAACGUUUAAACGCUGUAAAAUAAAAAUGUGUUAAAAGUAAAAACGUAUUCAUGUG